AUGGCUUACGUUGACGAGGAUGGUUCUUCGGGUUCUGGAGAUGAUGUAAACAUGUUAGACGGACAAAAGCGUCAGGCUGGUGUUUCGGCUAGUGGUGGUCGGAAGAGGGGCCGGAAAGCUACUGGUGAUGCCAUAGUGGAUGCAAUGAUGCAGAUAGCAGCUGCUUCAAAAAUGAGGGCCAAUGCAAUUAUGAAGAAUGAGGAAAGAUUUUCAAUAAGCAAGUGCAUCAAUGUGUUGGAUGAGAUGCAAGAUACGCCGAUCAACAUGGAAGACAUUGACUUGGAAUUAGAUGAGAUGGAACUCGUUGCGGCUGCUGCUGGAUACUAUUAUUACAACUCUUUAACCAAACAGCAGCCCUCUCGUUGUUUAUCGCCAAGGAGAUGUGAAUUCAUGACAGAAGUGUUGAACGGAUCCGACGUCUUUUGUCGAGAAAUGUUGCGGAUGGACAGACACGUAUUUCUCAAGUUGUGUGGCAUUCUUCGCCAAAGAGCCAUGUUACGCGAUACUUCUGGUGUAAUGAUAGAGGAGCAGUUGGCGAUAUUUUUAAACGUCAUUGGCCACAAUGAACGUAACAGAGUGAUUCAGGAGCGGUUUCAGCACUCCGGCGAAACGAUUAGCAGACAUUUUAAUAAUGUUUUGAAAGCUAUUAAAUCACUAUCGCGUGAAUUUUUGCAACCUCCUCAGCAUACAACAUCUCAAGAAAUUCUCAACAAUGCUAGAUUUUACCCGUAUUUCAAGGAUUGUAUAGGAGUAAUUGACGGUAUGCAAAUUCCUGCACAUGUUCCGGCCAAAGAUCAAUCUCGAUUUCGCAAUAAGAAAGGUAUCCUAUCUCAAAAUGUGCUUGCAGCAUGCACAUUUGACUUGCAGUUUAUAUUCAUUUAUCCUGGUUGGGAAGGUUCUGUCACAGACUCGCGGGUCUUAAGGGCGGUCCUUGAUGAUCCAGAUCAGAAUUUCCCUCAAAUUCCUCAAGGAAAAUAUUACCUUGUUGACCAAGGAUACUUAAAUACAGAAGGAUUUAUGGCUCCUUUUCAAGGAGUUGGGUACCAACCUUAUGAAUAUCGGGGUGCCAAUCAAUUACCAAGAAAUGCAAAGGAGUUGUUCAAUCAUAGGCAUUGCUUUCUGAGGAAUACUAUCUUGAGGUCAUUUAAUGUGUUGAAAAGUAGAUUCCCAAUCCUUAAACUUGCUCCCCAGUAUUCUUUUCAGAUUCAGCGAGACAUAGUCAUAGCUGCUUGUGUUUUGCAUAACUUCAUCCGACGCGAAGAAAGAAACGACUGGUUAUUCAGUAGUUUAGGGGGGACAUUCGUCGAAGAACUAUCAGAUCCUGAUGAACUUCCUGAUGUUCAAUUUCUUUCUUCUAUGCAAGAACAGAUUGCGUUCUCAUUACGCGAAUCAGUUUCUGCGUCUAUGUUUGAUGACUUCAUAAAUAAAUGGGACGAGUGGUGA